GAAGAAGAAACCGGAAAUAAACGGUUCUUCUGUGUUUUGAGCAGGUCUGAGGACCGAGGCAGAGAUGAGCUGCAGUUUCCACCUCCACCGCAGGUCGGUCCUGCUGGUCCCGUCCCGACACUCGGUUCUGAUCAGGUGGCUCGGUUCGGCUCGUCGGAUCAGCCGGAGCCUCCAGGAGAACUACCGCCUCCUGCAGCUCCCUGAGGAGGACCGCAGCAGCCCAGAGCAGGUGAAGGACGCCUACCUGCGCCUCGCCAAGCUCUACCAUCCGGACUCCGGAGCCGCCACAGCCAAUCCGGUUCUGUUUGCUCGGGUUGAGGAGGCGUACCGGGCCGUGCUGACCCAUCAGAGCAGAACCAUGCCCUCUGAUGGAGAGGAGGAGGAGGAGAGGCCCAGGGGGGCAGCUCUGCAGCACAGAUCCUACCUCAGCUAUGACGGCGUGGGCUCGGGCACGCCCAGCCAGCGGGAGCGUCAGUACCGGCAGGUCCGUGUGGACCGGGCGGUCGAGCAGGUUCUGGAUUACAGACAGAGGGAGCAGGAGCGGGCGGCGGCGGCGGACGGGGCGCUGGUGGAGCGGGACGUGCGUCAGCGCAGCAGGAACAUAAGGAUCACGCAGGCGGUGGAGCGGCUGGUGGAGGACCUGAUCCAGGAGUCCAUGGUCCGCGGAGACUUCCAGAACCUGAGCGGCGCCGGGAAACCCCUCAACAAGUUCCAGCACAACCCGUACGCCGACCCGAUGACCCACAACCUGAACCGCAUCCUCAUCGACAACGGCUACCAGCCUCCCUGGGUGGUGACGCAACGGGACAUCAGAGAAGCCACGGCCCGGAUCCGGAACCAGCUGCUGGAGGGCCGGGCCCAGCUCGGCGACCCAAUGACUCCCACCGAGCAGAACCAGUGGGAGCAGCUGUGUGGGUCGGUCCAGGAGGAGCUGCUGAAGCUCAACAAGAUGGUGGACGACUACAACCUGAUUGUCCCAAUGCUGAGCAUGCAGAUGGUCCACUUCAGUCUGACCCGGGAGGUGAACCGGGCCGCCAGAGGCGCUGAGCAGCACCGAGCGGAUCAGCUGAGGGCCCGAGAGGAGAAGAGAGACCACGCUGCAGUCGAAACCAGACCUGAUAAACCGGGUCUCAUAUCCUGGGUGCAGAACUUACUCCGAACAUAAACCGGGUCGGACCAAAAACCAGAACUUUAAAUUUAAAGCCAGGAAAUAAAA